ACAACCAGCAUAACGAAAAGACGCAGGUUACUGAUAGUAAUAUUCAUCGUAUCUAGCAACAUGGUCCAGAUGAUAUCCAACAUGGUUGGACUCGCUGCGGGACUCGAGAUAAGCAAAUCACUGGGCUAUGCAACUGGUCCUGGCAAAGCCAACUGGGCCGCCGCGUCCUACCCGCUGACGCAAGGCACCUUCGUUCUGAUCAGCGGUCGCCUCGGUGCCGUCUACGGCCAUCGACACGUCCUCAUCGGCGGCGCCGUCUGGUUCGUCAUUUGCUCGCUCGCAAACGGCUUCUGCAAGACGUUUGUCACUUUCAAUGUUGUCCGUGCGCUGUCUGGCAUCGGAGGAGCAUUAAUCAUGCCAAACGCUGUUGCUCUAAUCAGUACGACAAUACCACCUGGAAGAUCGCGGAAUGUUACGCUGGGUUUUUUCGGGGCCUCGGGUCCUAUUGGAAGCUACCUAGGUGCCAUCUGGGCUGGUAUUUUCAUUGAAUAUGUGGAUUGGACGUGGAUAUUCUUCGGCAUGGCAAUCUUGGGGACAUUCGUUUUCGGGACUCUGGCGUUACUUCUCCCAACCGACUCUCCUGUUGACCGAAAAGGGACAAUUGACUGGAUCGGCGCCUUCCUUGGUACGGGCGGCCUGAUUGUUUUCAACGUUGCUUGGAACCAAGCACCAGCGAGUGGAUGGGAAACGCCUUUCGUAUCCGUCUUGCUCGUGAUAUCAAUUAUCAUGCUCGUUCUCUUUGGGGUCUGGGGGUCCAGGUUCAGCAAAAAUCCCAUCAUACCACUCGGAAUAUGGACAGCACCAUCCUUUACAGCCGUCAUCUUCGUCGUUCUCUUUAGUUUCAUGUCCAACGGCAUCUUCCUCUGGUACAUGGUAGCAUGGCUUCAACUUCUGCGUGGCAAAACCAUCCUCCAGUUUGGCCUUGAGUGGACUCCAUUUGGGAUUGUUGCAACGAUCGGCACGUUCAUCGCAGCAUGGCUGAUUCCACGCCUCGCCGUGCAAUGGAUAUUGGCAAUCGGUUCCGCUGCCAUCUUGGUCGCGAAUCUACUCUUGGCUACGAUGCCGGUCCAGCAGAUGUACUGGGCUCAGGUCUUCCCAGCGACGAUAUUCAUGGCCUUUUGUCCAGACUUUGUCUACGUUGCGGCGCAGAUCGUGGCCAGCAACAGUGUCAAACGUAGCCAGCAAGGCGUUGCUGCAUCUCUCAUUGGCACGCUUAAUUUGUAUGGGAACAGUCUCGGUCUUGGAUUUGCGGGGACGAUAGAGACGCAGGUGAACAAAUAUCGGGUUGAUCAAGUGCUUGGAUUCAGGGCUGCAUUGUAUUUUGGAGCCGGCAUCGCCUUGGUAGCGACCGUGCUAGACAUGUUCUUGGUAAGGGUGGUAAAGGACGAGAGAGAGGGAUGGACUGAUCCGGCCGACGCGGUAACAAUUACGGGGACAGGGUUUGAGGGAGGAUUGUCGACGGCUACUGAGAGACUUCGACGGUGAUGGGCUCAUGGUCCUAGAGAUGCCAUCGGCACAUCCAUGACUAUUUCAGUAACCAUCGAACGGGGGUGCGCAACCUUGACCGAGGCAUAUUCGUGCGAGUGAAAGAUACCUAUGCUAGAAGAGAUAGUCUGCAGUUUGCUAAUAGGACUAUGUUGAGUGGAAUACAUCUAAUAAAAGCUACCUCUUAGGCUACUCAGCAAUGUGAACAUCCUUCUGAUACUGCCAGUUCCUUUCAGUAUUACUUCUCAUAAGGCGCAACAGCAAACCCAUGUCUCUGAGCAUGAAUCCUCACCAACCCGCCAUCCUCUGCCUUUGCCUCAAUAACCACCUCCUUAUCACUAACACUCACCAGCUCCCCCACAUCUUUAUGAUUCGAUCCAGUAUCUGUCGGCCACAUCUUCACAAGCUGCCCCUUCUUCAGUUUCUGGUGUUGAACCACCACAUCCGUCUCAUCAAUCUGUCCAACCGAUUCAUGAUAGUCCGAGCCCAGUAUCAACUUUGCGGCUUCUUCUCCGGUCAAUGUCCUCAGUUCCCCCAAUUCGUCUACUGCCUUUUGCGCAGUGCUCUUAAAUCUUUCCAUCCAGGCGAACACUUUGGGAAAUUUAGCUUCCGAAAUCCACUCUUCUGGUCUCGCUCCAGGCACUUUCUCCAUCCACAGCAGCGGCCAAGCCAUUUCAAUAUCACCAACAGUCGGCCCUGCCGUCCCAAGCAGCCAAUCCCUCCCAUCAGAUAAUAAUGUUUGUUCUAAAAACUCAAAUCCAUCUUUUACCCUUCGUAUGGUAUCUGGCCUCAUCGCCUCCAAAGCUUCAGGCGGGAAAAACCCCGCGCCGCUCAUGAACUCGGUGCGGUCUUUAACAAACUCCGGAUCCAUCAUACCUCUCGUCUUAUACAAAAUCAACUGCACGAAGCAUCUGCCAAAGCCAGAAUCAAUCAUGAAUACCUGGAAAAGACGUUGCAGUGCCUUUUGCUCGGGAGUUGUGGCAACAGAGAGGCGAG